AGAAAGAAAACUAUAUAUAUACAUAAAUUAAAAAAAAAAAAAAAAAAAAGGGAAGCGAAGAAGAUGAUGGGGGGAAGGCUUGGGGAAAACAUAGGAGUGGGAGAAGAGACAAUUGAAAAAGCGUGUAAGGUGUCGAUGAAAGCGCAUAGUAAGCCAAAUUAUUAUAUCCAUGACAAGAAUCGUGUCACGUUUUUUGCGUUUCCUGGAUCUUGGUCUGUAAAUGAUUGGUGCAGCAGAAAACCCUUUGGGGAAAUUAAGGUUGACGUGUCCCUGUUUCCUUCCAUCAAGAGUAUUGGUAAUGAAGAAAUUGGUUUGGUUAAUCAAGCUUUCUUCACCAGAUUUCAACAUCUCUUGACCAGAUCAUCACUCUCAGCUGAGGUUGAGAAAGCUAUCUCAGACAAGAAGCAAAUAGUCUUCACAGGGCACUCAUCGGGUGGUCCGACAGCCAUUCUUGCAACAAUUUGGUUCUUCGAAAAAUACACAAGACAUAAUUACUACAAUACCCCUCCUUUCUGUCUCACUUUCGGUUCCCCUCUUAUUGGUAACCACAUUUUCUCGCACGCUCUCAGACGGGAAAACUGGGCCCGUUAUUUUAUCCAUUUCAUAAUGAAACACGACAUCGUACCUCGUAUUACGCUAACCCCGUUUACACAAAUAGAACAAGAGCUCCAACAAGUACUCGAGUUUCUCGAUCCGAAAUCCACACAUAAUCUGCAUGGUUCUUCCAUUUUAUCGAGUUUCUUGUUUUCUGUAAUGAGAAAUGCCCUGUCUGUUUCGAGUUAUGCGGCGUCUUAUCUAAAAGGGAAUACGAAUUUGUUGCUGGAAACUGUGGCGAGUAUCGUGGAGCUUAGUCCUUAUCGCCCUUUUGGGAUCUUUGUUUUCUGCACGGGGAGGGGUAAAAUCGUCGUUCUUGAUAAUCCGGACGCGGUGCUUCAGCUGAUGUUUUUUUGUCUUCAGUUUAGCCCCGAGGAAGAAAACUCGGAGUUUGUUCAUGGGAUGUUUAGGGAACAUUUGUCGUACGAAAGUGAGUUGCACGAGAGCUUAAAUUACAUGCAAGAUGUUACGUAUUUGGUGAAUCUUGUGGAUGUACCGUUGUCUGCUCAUUCCACCUCCACUUAUGCAGCAGCCCUCAAUGAUCUUGGCUUGAGCACAACGGCACGAUUGUGUCUUCGAGCAGCUGGCGAGUUGGAAAAGCAGAAGCUCGAAAACCAAAAGAGAAUCGACUCCAACAAAGAAACCAUCAAGGAAGCAAUAACUAAAAUACAAGAAUACAAAACGAGCUGCGAAAUCCGCAGAAUCGGCUACUACGACACGUUCAAAAUACAAAAAGACCAAUCCGACUUCAACGCCAAUAUCAAGCGCCUCGAGCUCGCAGGCAUAUGGGACGAAAUUGUCGAGAUGAUCAAACGGUACGAAUUGCCCGAUGGAUUCGAGGGGAGAAAGGAGUGGAUCGAAUUAGGGACUUUGUUCCGGAGGCUUCUAGAACCUUUGGACAUUGCCAAUUAUUACCGGCACUUGAAGAACGAGGACACGGGGCCUUAUAUGGUGAAGGCUCGACCUAAACGGUACAAAUUCACGCAGAAGUGGCGCGAGCAUGCGGAGAAAAUGGAGGUCGGUUUUAGCUCGGAGACGACUUUUUGGGCCGAGGUUGAGGAGUUGAGAUUGAAGCCUUACGUUCAAGUUAAGGACAAGGUUUCGAGGUUAGAGGAACGAGCGCUGACGUGGAUUAACGAAGGGUGGUUGGGGAAAGAUGUUUUCUUGGGUGAGUCUACUUUUAGCAAGUGGUGGAAGACACUCCCAUUUGAGCAUAGGUUAGGUUCUUGUGUUGCAGGCUUCAUAAGCACUUGAAUUUAAUUAAGUAAAUAAAAAAUAAUAUUAAAAUUUCAAUAAAUGAAUAAAUAUUCUUUUUUGCUUGUUACAUGCUACUAGGGGUGGAAAUUGGAACGGAAUUUCCGAAUUCCGCCAAUUUCCGAAUUGAAAACAUCUGAAUUUGGAACCCUUUUCUUCAUUCCGAUUUCUAAUUUCCGAUUGUUUUGGAAAGGAAUUAAAAUUACAUAUAAAAUUAUUGGAAAUUUCGAUUUCCGAUC